AUGUCGCACCCUCUAAACUCCCCCGACGAGUGUUGGCUCGACCUCCAGAUGUACUCCCACCUUCGAGAGAUCAUUGUCGCCCACCUGGAUCGUACCAGCCUCCGCGAAUUUCGCUUCGUGAGCAACGACUGGAAGAUGGCCGUCGACCGUCGCUCCCUUGAGCACUCCGUGAUCACAACCAUCGACCCCCUCUGCAAGUGCAUUAAGAUCCUCAACCUCACUGGUUUACUUUUCUACGAGCGGUCUGGUGAUUUAGUUCUUCCCAAAUCUCCGAGCCAGGUGUCGACCACCCUUCCCAACCUCUGGGCUGUCGAGAUUUCCCAAUGCUCUCCUACCAUCCCGGCUCCCCUCAUGGUUCAGUUAUCUAUCCUACAGCCGCGUCGUCGUUCGGAGGCACGUCGGGUCCUGUAUGCUCGCCUCAACCCCAAGAUCGUGAGCGACCACGUACUCUGGGUCCUCAGCGGGAGUUCCCAAGAAAUUCCCAACGCUGCCGUGGCCACCACCCUCAAGUUUCCCGAGGUCAAGCGCGUUACAAUCAUCUGGGUUGACGCCGAGCCGCUAGUACCAAUCCCCGACGGCUUCUGGUGCUCCUGCACGGGAGGGCAAAUGCGCGGCGAAUGCCUCUUGAGCGACGUAUGGUGCCCCGACGGCAUUGCCCCCUUUCCUCCCGGAGAGAGAGUUUCCGGCUUCCGGAGGUUCAACCCCUUUCAUUUCCACUGGCGCCAGGACGUGAUCCGCAAAAAGAAUCCGGUAGGGUUCUUCGGUUGCCUGGCCAAACUGAUGGUCCGUCAUAGCAACGUCGAGUGGCACUUUGUUGGAGCCCAGCAUUGGAGUGACUCAUGGCUUGGGAUCACCAACCCGAAUGGCUUUGAGGACGACUUCCUCGCCGUUGUUGCCAAGGUUGCGUCUGGUAGCAGUGACUUGCUCCCAGGUGGCCCCAGCUCGGAAGUCAACCUCGUGGAGGAGGGAGGCGCGGCGGAGGGAGGCGUGGCGGAGGAAGGCGCGGCUAUGCCGAAGAUCACUUUCGUUGACAGAGACGAGGUGCUGGAGGAGCUCGCUCGCAACGUGAAGCUAUACGACACCGACGACAUUUUCGACAAGGUUGACCGCUUCCAGGAGCUCAACGACUCGGAGAGACUUGUUUCACUCAGUUUUUAG